GUUCCUAUUCUCGUGUAAAAAUGAACGGUGUCUCAAAAAAGAAUUACAAAGGAAAUCAAAAAGGUAAUGCUCAUAUUCAAAAGCGACUAUAUACAUCGCUUGGUUCAUUUCAUGACUUUAUUGUGGACACAGGUAGUAUAGAGUCCAUUAUUUCAUUCAAGAACCUGAAAUCGUUAGAUCCGAACGUUGUGAUACGACCCACUGAUGUAUCAAUAUUGGGGAUUACUGGACACAAACUGCCUAUACGAGGAUGUUGUGAAUUGCUAAUAAGAGAUGAUAAUUCCUCAUACAUACCUUGUGAAUUUUUAGUUAGUGAAACGGGACUGUCAAUACUGGGUUUAAAGAAUUUGAGAAGACUUAAAGUGGAGUUGUCUUUCCUAGUUUCUAAAGAAAAUUCUGAUGCUUUACUUAAAGAUUUGAUAGCCACGUGUGCUAAGUGCAAUGGAAGUAUGAAAAUGGUUCAGCACGGGAGUGCCAAGCAAAUUCAACAUGUUGACUACAUUUCUCGACAGUCAUUAAAUGCAGAUAUUUGUCGUACAGCAAAGAAUUGCGAAAAGUGUCAUAAGCUGAAAAAUCAGCAUUCGAGGUUGAGUGAUUCUAUUGCCGCCUCAACAUUUAAUGAGCUGGAGAGGGGAGUAGAUACCUUUCUACUGCAAUAUAGAAAUGCCAGACAUUCGGUGACGAAAGAGACUCCAUCAAAACUAUUAAAAGGAAGAAUUCUUCGGUCGAAUAUGAGAUGUUUGGAGUCUGCAGAAGUUACAUAUUAUCGUGGCAAUGAUCUUCGACCAUCCACGGGGAUCGUUCAGAAGAAUGUCGGGAAAUCUAUGGUGCGACUUCUAGAUAUCAAUGACUUAAGUACACACAAUCGACAUGUUGAUCAAAUACAAUUCCAAGAGCCAGGUGAGUCUGUUCCAAUUUCGGUUGUUAAUUCUAAUACUAAUGAGAGCAUUCUAGAUAAUACAGAGCCUUUAUCCAAUACACUGUCGGACAGACACAGGAUGAAUUUGAGAAGAAGAUGUACAACUGAUUACAGACAUAUACAUUCCAAUUUAAGCGGUGGCGGAUGUGGUGUUUGAAUGAACUAGUAACUUCUUGUUGUUAGGAAAUGCUUGAUUUCGAAUUCUAAAUACAAUACAUUCGUUGGUGCAGUUCUUUAAUUCUUGAUUCAUAUACUUCUAAGCAUCAC